AGACGUCUCGGCUCAUCUCUUCUAGACUGGUGAUGGCCAAGUGGGAGGCAGCGGUGCAGGAGCUGCAAGCCACCGUCAAGGAUCAGGAGGAAAGUCUCAAGCACCAGCGUGCGGAGAUUGAUGAGCGGUUACAUCACCUUUUCAACAAGCCCAACGAUUCCGAAGAGACGGAGGUGAAGCCUUCCGAGCUUGUGAAGCUCAAUGUGGGCGGCAACACCAGCUUCGUCACCAGGCGUGACACGCUCACAGCUAUCAAGGGCUCGCGCUUGGCGGAGAUGUUUGGUGAGGCUUGGGAUCAAUUCCUAGCAAGGGACAGCGAGGGUCGCAUUUUCCUCGACUUGGACCCCGUCCAGUUCCGGGCGUUGCUGAGCUGGCUCGUUGACGUCAAGCGGGCGCCCCCAAACUCUAGCAUUGCUCCGUGCGCGGAUGCCUUGCCAGAGGAGUGUCGCCCUGGGUUUGCAGCGCUGUGCGACUUCCUGUGCUCUCGCCAGGUCAAUCUGCAAGGAUACACGACUGAGGCAGAAAGUGGGGCUGCGGAUGCCACUUUUGGAAGCACAAUCCUGACUGCAGUCAAUGCUAAGAUGCUCACAUCGCUGAUCGAUGAAGCAGCAUCAGCGACACUGCACCUGCGACUACUUUAUCGCGCUUCUCAGGAUGGCUUCGCGGCGCACAACUUCCACCAGAAGUGUGACGGGCAUGGGCCUACCGUGAUCGUGGCUCGCAGCCAGGGUGGCUACAUUUUUGGAGGUUUCACGGAGACUGCCUGGGACUCGAGUGGUGCCUACAAGCAGUGCCAGGAGUCCUUCUUGUUUCGCCUCCAUGGACCAGGUGUUGGACCUUCCAAGCAUGUCAUGUUUCAGAACUACCAGAACGGCAUCCACUGUCACUCAAACCAUGCGGCAACCUUUGGCAGCGGCCACGACAUGCGGAUCUUUCCUGAAGGCGCGGCAGCCAAGGUCACAUUUGGCAUUGGCAGCAGCUAUCACACAGCAGGCACGGGCGGCAACUUCACCUUUCUGGCAGAAGCCCAGCAGGCGGUUGUCACAGACUGGGAGGUGUUUGAGAUUCAGUGUGAGGAUGUUGAGGGCAUGCAGUUGCUUGUUUUGCAGAAGUGUCUUGUGGCUGCUGAGACCCACAUGGCCAAGUGGCAGAGCAAACGGGCCGAAGGCAUGAGUUUGGCUCGGAGCGUGGCCAAAGUGGUGGACAACACCAUCGAGCAAGCGCGGGCCUGUUCACAAGAAAGCCGGAGCUUGCACUUGCGUAACCAAUCGCUGGAUGAUGAGAAAAGGAUCAUUGAUCAGCUGCUUGGGCGUAGUGAUUUGCAGGGUCAGCCGGACAUCAUCGACUUGAAUAUCAGUGGCAUCUCUAUGACCACCUUCCGUUCCACUUUGCUAUGGCAGAGUGAGUCAGCUUUGGCAGCAAAAUUCAAGCAGGACUGGACUGUGCAAAAGGACGAAAUGGUGGAGGGUAAGGUGUUCUUCGACGAAGAUCCUGAUUUGUUCUCUCAAAUCCUUCGUCACCUACGGCUAGGCAGCCUUCUGGGUCAGACGUUUCGCCCCCGCGUCCCAACCGAGAAGCAUGGGGCUUGGAAGCGGCUGACCGAAUAUCUGGGCCUUGGCAUUCCGAUGCAAAUUGCACCUUUCGAUUCGAAGAUACUCUUGCCAUCUGACCAGGUUGCCCUAUUGGCCUGGGUUCCACAGUUUGAUGUCCAGCUUCUUUAUCGCGCUUCUCGGGAUGGCUUCGCGGCGCACAACUUCCACCAGAAGUGUGACAGGCAUGGGCCUACCAUGAUCGUCGCUCGCAGCCAGGGUGGCUACAUAUUUGGAGGUUUCACGGAGACUGCCUGGGACGCGAGUGGUGCAUUCAAGCAGUGCCAGGAGUCCUUCUUGUUUCGCCUUUCAGGACCAGGUGUUGGACCUUCCAAGCAUGUCAUCUUUCAGAGCCACCAGAGCGGCAUCUACUGUCACUCAAACUACGCGGCAACCUUUGGCGGAGGCCACGACAUGCGGAUCUUUGCUGAAGGCGCGGCAGCCAAGGUCGCAUUUAGCAUGGGCAACACCUAUCAGACAGCAGGCACGGGCGGCAACUUCACCUUUCUGGCAGAAGCCCAGCAGGCGGUUGUCACAGACUGGGAGGUUUUCGCCUUGGAUGUACAGUCUUAGAGUGUGUUAGUUCCUGCAGGAGCAUUGGAUAGUAUCCAAAGAAGAGAAUGCGCACAUUGAAGCCUUGGCCAUUGCAGCAUUUGUGCCACCGCGAUAGAGUGCCAUUGCGAUGGACGUGAGGAUUUCCCUCGCUGCGAUUGUGAACAUGGGGCUGAAAGCUAGAUUUCACAUUUGGAAGCAAAUUGGAAGCAAAUUGGAAGCAAAUUGGAAGCAAAU